AUUGCCGUCCAAAUGCAGCAGAUGGCUUGUUAAUUUGACAAACGUGGAAAUUAAAGCGACGAAGCAAGUGUCAUAUCUUGGGAAUGAUAAGAACUCUCCAAACCCAAACUUCAAUUUCUUUUCCUCACGCCAAAGCAGGUAAAUAUGAAUGGUAGAGCAGAGAGAGAGAAAAUCUAUGUCGCCCUUGGGAAUAAUGUGCUUGAAGGAAUUCACACUUUGGCUUGGACUCUCAGUAAAUGGCACUCUCACCCAAUUUCCAUAAUCAUUCUGCAUGUCAAAUACAAUAACACUUGCAACCAUCUUUCAACACUACUUGGGAAUUUCCCAGAAGGCAUUGCUUGUGAUGUUAAAAUGGAGAGAAUCCGGAAAGGCGAGGAAGACAAAAUCGACAAGAUGCUUUCCAAGUAUAUAUCCUUCUGUGACAAUGUACCAGCUGAAAUACUUGACAUAGAGCAAUUUGAUGAACCUGUUCAAAAGCGCACAAUAGACUUAAUUUAUGGUCUUGGAAUUACCAAAUUGGUCAUGGCAUUCUCAUUCAUGAAGGCUUCAUUGAAACAAAAAGAUGCGAUGAACGCAAUGUUGUAUGUUCAUAAGCAGAAGCCUGGGUUCUGUGAACUGUUCUUUGUGUGUGAAGGGAUACAAGUGUUCCUCCGAGAGAAGGAUAAUGAUGAGACAGUAAUGGAGGAUGAUAAUGGUGUCACAGUUGCAAGAAUGAAAGAUAACAACAAUAAGUCAAUUGCCAAAUGGUGCCUAGAAAGACUAAUAUUCAGUAACAGUAGAAGCAUUGAUUCCGAUCCUACAAGUUCUUCUUCAUCCUCCGUGUUCCCUCUUAUUAACCAAAACCUCUGGGAAUUUUAUCUCCGAGAGAUUGAAAAUUAUUAUCAGGAAUUGCUGUCUUUGAAUUUGGAGGAAGAAAACCACAACUCAGAUUUUCCACCUUCUCAAUAUGAGAGCCUCAGAGAGGAACUGAAUGAAGCAUACAAUAGGAUCCAGACAAAGAGAAAGGAAGCCAAGCAGAAUAUAGAAAGACAUGAAAAGGCUGAAUGGGCUAUUUGGUUCUGCAACCGUCGGGAAGAAGAGCUUGAGAAUCGAAUCAAGGAAGAGGUUGCUGCAAGGGAAGAACUAAAGAAGGAACUGGAGAGAAAAAAGGAAGAAGUAGAUGAAAUAAGUGUUGAAGUUGAAGAGACUAAGAAAAUGGUAAUACAAGUGUCAGAAACCGAAAGACAACAAAGAAAGGUAAUAGAAGUGAAAACACAGAUUCUUGGGGAGAUUGAAGAGUUGAGGAAACAAAGAAUAAUGGGGAGAUCAAGGAGGGUGGUGGCAGAGGCAGUGAAUAAUAAUGGUUGUUGUGUUUUCAGGGAGUACAGAGAGGAGGAGAUCGUGGUGGCCACACACAGCUUUUGGGAUGAGUUGAGGAUGAAAGGUAGCGUUGGAGGAUGGAGUAAUGUGUAUAAAGGAAGGAUCAAUGGUUAUACAGUUGCAAUCAAGAUGCUCAAUUCUCUUCCUGCAUUCUCCCAACUACAUUAUUUCUUAGCUAAGGUGAAGAUUCUUGGCAGUAUUCGGCACCCACAUCUAGUUGAUAUGCUAGGCUUCUGCUCCGAGCCCAAAUGCAUAAUUCUAGAAUACAUGGACAGUGGGAGCUUGGGAGACAUUCUACAUUGCAGGGUAAGAAAAUGGUCCUUAUGGUGGCAUGAUCGGAUAAGGAUCGCGAUCGAAGUUUGCUCGGGCCUGGGCUUUCUCCAUGAAUCUCAGCCCAGGCCCAUUAUUCAUUGUCGCAUUGACCCAUCCAAUAUCCUCCUAGACCACAACCUUGUUGCAAAGAUCACAGGCUUUGGGCUUCAUGGAUGUGGUGAAGAAUGCAAUGUUGGGUCUGAUGUAAAGGCGGUAGGGGUUUUGUUGAUGCAACUUUUGACCGGAAAAAGAAAUUUUCUGGGUAUGGUUAGGGAGGAUAUUUUGGAUGGAAGUGGUGGGAAAUGGCCAUUGGAUGUAGCAAAGGAAGUUGAGGACUUAGCAAAGAGGAGCAUGUCCAAUGAAGACAUGAGCAUUGCAAGGGUCAUGGAGGAACUCAAUGAGAUUAGAAGAAAGCAUGAUAGUAUAGCUUGGACAAGAAUUGAUUAGUGGGACUUAUUCAAGAUUUAGAGCCUUUAGAAGCUUCAAUUUCAUUGAUAGACAUAGGUGCAAUAAACUUUCUUGUGAAUUUACUCAUGAGUGCAUAAAUGGUAUGGUCUUCUAAAGAAAAAUCUAAUGUAUUUCUUUAAA